AUGGUCUCCUACAAAUCCUUCGUUGUCUUUGGACUCCUUGCCAUCAGUGACUUUGUCGCAGGACAUGGUUGCAUCAUUGCUGCAACUGGUGAUGCUGGCGGUAAUGGGACUGCUCUCGGUAUUGACUCGUCGACCCCGCGUGACGGGACUAGGAGACGCCCUUUCCAACAAGACACCACUCGGUUCGCUGGUGACCAGGCCGACACGUUUGGCGAGACGCUCGAAGGCGGUGAUAACGACCCCGAGGCUGGCACUACUGCAAUCCUGGCUGAGAGUGGUGGUGUACUCCCACAAAUUUCAGCCGGUGGUGAAGUACAGAUGACUCUUCAUCAAGUCAACGCUGAUGGUGCGGGUCCAUACACGUGCAUGAUUAACAACGAUGGGACUGGAACUACAUGGACUGAGAUGACAGUCACGCAGCAAGUGCCAGGCCGCCGUGGCCGAUCUCAAGCAGGCUCGGAGACCGACUUUCCACUUACAGCCCAAGUCCCAGCAGAUCAAAUCUGCACUGGUACUGUUGCUGGCCAGGAAAAUGUCUGCAUGGUUCGAUGCCAGAAUCCCGCCCUGGCCGGCCCAUUCGGGGGAGUCGUGCCGGUCCAGAUGCCUCAGUCUUCCGCCACUGAUGCUGCUGGAGCUGGAGCUGCAACAAACGGCACUGCAGCAGCUACCAACGCAACUAGCGGCAGUGCGUCGGAUAUCGCAGCUGCAAAUACUCAGACAGACAACAUCACUCCUGCUGAAAAAGCUGCCGAACUCCGUGAGGAUGCACAGAAGAAGCGCAAAAUCCGUCGAGCUUCCAGGAUUGAAAGUCGUACCGCUGCUGCCAUCGGUUAUAGACACGGCGUGAAAAGGUAG